AUGUCAACUCCUCGCAAAAGAAAAGAACCGGUCACACCUUCGGGAAGGUCAAAUAAAAAAAGAACACGUCCAACGGGCCUAACAGAAACAGAACCGGAAGCAGAAAUUAAUCGUGAGAUAUCGAAUUUAACUGAAGAAACGCAAGAAGGAGCGCAAGAAGAAACACAAGAAGGAAUACAAGGAACGCAAAGAGGAAUACAAGAAGAAAUAUUUCCAGAAGGAAGAACUAGAAAUCCCACUCUAGAUAAAUUAAUUUCGCAAAAUGCUGAA